AUGGGACUUGGCCUGUUGGCUGAAGGGGCAACUGGAAAUGGUCAGCAACAGUUGAUUUCAUUUCUAACCAACACAAAUCAAACUAUUGAUAAAUCAAUUGCUCUUCAACAGUUAAGGAAACAAUUUAAAAGUUUGAUUGAUAUCCAAUGUCCAAAUGGUCAAUUGCAGCAAUUAUCAGCAUCAACAACAUGUAAAAAUGAAAUGGUCAAUCUUGUUAUGGUUACAACUGAUUAUCGGGUGAAAGAUGAUUACAAGUCGACCCUUGAGUCCGUUUUCAAUGGAUUGGUGGUUAAUCGAGACUUUAAAUCGAGUAAAAGCAAUCUGGUUGAUGAGGUUAAUCAAUUGGUUGCCAAUAAAACAAAUAAUAUGAUUAGGAAAGCUUUAGAUGGUCCCAUAGAUCCAAAUACAAAAUUAAUCAUUUUAAAUGCAUUCUCAUUUGAAGGAGAUUGGGUUCAUCCGUUUCCAAAGUCUCUUAUCAUUCAACGGCCUUUCUAUGGAAUCGAUCAAAUCACUUUAUCCUCAUCAAAAUCUUCUCAAUCUUCAUUUCAAACAACUUUACCGUCCUUGAUGGCUUCAAGUGUUAGGAAUUUGACAUCGGAUCGUUUUCCUUUCAUGACAACUUCAUUGAGAACCAAUUAUGCUGAAAUUAAGGAGAAAGACAUGAAAAUAAUUCAACUUGAUUAUUUGGGUAACGCUUCAAUGAUCAUUUUGUUACCGAAUCAAAGGGACUCAUUACUUAAUUUGGUUAGAAAUUUAACUGUACAAGAAAUUGAUUCCUACAUCGAGAGUAGAUUGACACAAAGUGAUAUUGACAUAGAAAUACCAAAAUUUACAUUUGAAGUACAAUAUGAUCUGAUGGAAAGGUUAGAGAACCUGCGAUUGUCCAUUUUAAAAGCAGAUUACACAGGCAUAGCGGAGAGGAUUCAGGUUGUUGAAGAAGCUAAAGUUGACAAAAUUGAUAAAGACGAUACCUUCAUAGGUCGUGUUGAUGUAAGUGCUGAAGGUGGUGAUGGUAAAAAUGAAAGUAAUCUAAAUAAUAAGGAGAAGAGUAAGAAUAGUCUAGACAGUAAUGCUAGCAGUGAUGAUAGCCUUAGACAUAGAAACGGUAAUGAUGACGCUAUCAGGAGUACUGGUAAUGGUAGUAGUCAUAGUAAUACAAGUGAUAAAAAGGAUUUAUCGAGAACACUUGUUCAAGAUCGAGGCCAUCUUAGUUUGACUUCAGCAAUUCACAAAUCUGUUAUCAAAGUUGAUGAAAAAGGUACCAAAGCUGCUGCUUUCACUGGUUUCGGAUUUCACCCGCUGUCAACAAUUUCCGGGCAAGCACAAUUUAUUGCUGAUCAUCCUUUUCUUUUCUUUAUUCGGGAUCGAUCAAAACGAGUCAAUAUCUUCACUGGUGCAGUUAAUAAGCUAACUGGUUGAUGAGAGAAUCACCUUAAUUCAAUAGACACUUAUGAGCCUGUCGUGCCUUUGUCUUGAGCCGAGACUUAGGACGGUACUCAGCAAGAUAUGAUAAUUGCCGAGCAUUUAUUGCUCCUCUCCUCUUUUGACGAAUCAAAU